UGCACUCUCUCUCUUCUUUCUCUCUCUAACUCUGUAUUUCUUUCUCCUCAUUCAUACCAACUGCCUGAUUAUUUCAUGUAAAAAAAAAAAACUUGGAAGCCAACCAACCCAUCUCCCAAUUUUUCCAUGGCUACCAAACCCUAGAUAAAACCUCUCUCUCUCUCUCUCUCUAACUCUUCCUCAUUCUCACCAUAUUUAUUCUCUCUUUCUCUCUCUUGCUCUACCUCUGUGACAAAACACUAAGAAAUGGCCGUUCAAGCGCACCACCCUUUCAUGGCAGAUCUUGCAAAUAAAGAGAAGAUUUCGAUGGAGAACAACAACAAUAUCAACCCCGGUUUUGGCAUCCCCCUCUCUCUAAAUGAAGCUUAUCAAGUCAACCCCAUCGCUGCAAAUCUCUUCCCCUACUACAAUUCAGAGAUGAUUCCGGCCAUGAACGGAGCAGUGAUCAGUGAACCAGAGAGUGGCUUAACCUGUGGCAAUUUUUCUAGGGCGCGAAAGAGGGGCCGCGAGCCCUGUUGCACACAGUGGCCGGAAAGGCACGUGAUUCCGGCCCACUAUGGUUUUUCCGCCGGGUUCCUUUCUUUUUUCGGCGAAGAACUUGCUUUCCAUCUUGUUCAGCAACAGCAAGAGAUCGAUCACUUCAUAGCCUUGCAUACAGAGAAAGUGCGAAUGGAGCUGGAGGAGAAGAGGCGGCGGCACGCGAGGCGUCUGUUCGUAGCGGUGGAGGAGAACAUGGCGAAGAGGCUGAAAGCGAAGGAAGCAGAGAUCGAGAAGAUUGGGAAGCUGAAUGGGGUGUUAGAAGCGAGAGUGAAGAGCCUCUGCGUGGAGACUCAAAUCUGGCAGAACCUGGCAAAGACGAACGAGGCAACAGCAAACGCUCUGAGGUGCAAUUUGGAGCAGGUCUUGGCCCAGGCGGAGGAGGAGGGAUAUGGCGACAGUGGGUCUUGCGCUGGAGACGCAGAGUCGUCUUGUAAGAGUGAGAAAGUUAGAGAGAGAGUGGAGGGGGGAGGGGAGGAGAGAGAGAGAGGGUGUAGGGGGUGUGGGGCGGAGGGGGCAAGUGUGCUGGUUCUGCCAUGCAGGCACCUGUGUGUGUGCAGCGCGUGUGACGCGAGGCUACAGGCCUGCCCAAUAUGUAACAGCGUGAAGAAGGCCAGUGUACAGGUUUAUUUGUCGUGAUAAUAAUAAAAGUAGAGAGAGAAAACAGGUUUU